CCCCGCCGCACUCCGCCGCAGGCUUGGCCACCUGCCUGGGAAAUUUGUGGUGACUGUUGCCCUCGGGUCGCUCCGGGGCGGGGACGCGGCAACGAGCCAUGGGAGAUACGUCGGGGACUCGUGAGCCCCGGACCCGGCCGAGAGAGCGCGACCCAGACCGGCAGUCCCGUCCGAACGGAGACCGCCACGCCGAGCGACAGCGGGACCGAGCCGGGGACCGGCGCAGGGAGAGAAGCGGGGGCGAGCGGAGGGACCGGGACCCGGACGGGGACAGGGGGAGGGACCGAGAGUCUCGCCAAGACAGACACGGGGUUCGGGCCCAUCGUCCUGAUGAACAAAGAGUUUGGGAAAAAUCCCGCCAAAGCCGCGCGCGGGACGGACCCCGGGGCCCCACCUGGGACGCAGCCCCGCCCCCCUGGCCGGCGCCUUGGGAAACCCUGGAGUCGCCCCCUUACAGGAAGGAGGGCUCCAAGCUCCGCGGACUAGAAAGUUACAGUGAACCCACUGCAGGGAGAUACCUACCCUCGAACCCCAGACCUGGACGAGAGGAAGUGGAAUACUACCAGUCGGAGGCUGAAGGGCUCCUGGAAUGCCACAAAUGCAGAUACUUGUGCACGGGGAGAGGUGUGGUACAGAUAGUGGAGGUGAUAUUGAAUGGGAUGGUUCUCAUGUGUAUCGUGGCGUCCUACUUUGUCCUUGCUGGAUUCAGUGCCAGCUUUACCAGUGGUGGCGGCUUUGGGAACAACUAUUACUCACCGUUUGAGGGCACCGAGCUGGAGCAGGUUCGGCAGCUGGACCAGCAGUACACAGUCCUCCGGGCACCCCUGAUAUAUGGCGGCGUGGCUGUUUCUCUGGGGCUGGGUGUCCUCACCAUGGGUGUUUUACUCCAAGGAGCCAAGAGUCCAACCAAACUGCCAAGGAAGUGGCUUCUCCUGGAGGCCACCUUCAGCCUCCUGGCAGCAGUGGGCUAUUGCAUAGGCAUCGGCAUUUACCUCCACACAGCCUUGCGAAUCAAUGCUACAAACACUUGCAAAAUGAGAGAGAGGCUCUAUGCUCGCAAAGGCCUCACCUGGAUGAACUGCCAGCUGGCAGGCACUGAUGGAGCAGCAGCCACCUUUGCUUGUCUUCUGGUGAUCAUGUAUGGAGCCAGCGUGGUGCUGGCUCUGCGGAGCUACCGAGAACAGAAGCACUACGAAGACAGCCAAGAACAGCACAGGAAUCACAGUGAGGCACCGGAGUUAUCUGUGGUCUGAAACACUCUGAGAUUUUCUGGAACCAAAGUGUCAACCCACCCUCUUUGUUUCUCAGAAAGAUGGGCCCUUUAAAUAUUGCACAUUUGACACCUGAUGUUUCACAUACUUGAUUUUGUAAAUGCUCUUUGGUACCAGUGCAAAACUAGAUGGUAGUCUCAUUUUUCUAUCAAUAAGCUUUAAGCUUUUUAAGCUCAGAGCUUGAAAAAAAAACUUCACCUUUGCCACAAAGAACAGAAGUUUGUGUACGCCAUUAUGGCAUGGCUCCCACACCCAAGGUCAAGUAGUGGUGAUGAUAGCUAAGUAGCCAGAGACAUUCUGAAAGUUGCAAACUACACACCAGGCCCAGCAUCGAAACAGAAAUGUCUCCCCUGUCUCAAUUAUUUAAAGUCACUAAAAGAAACAUGCCAUUUCCCCUCAGACCUGGUCCCAGGGGAAUGACUUUUAAAGCAGUUGUGUGAUUAAAUUCUAAAGGAGUAAUUAUUUUCUGACCCUCUUGUAGAGGGAAAACUGUUCCGCCCGCAGGGGCACCGUGUUGCCUAGAUCCCAGGGAGGCUGGAUUUCUCAUACGUGGAGAAAUAUUUUCAGCAUGCAUGUUCUUCAAGAUUCCUGCACUAAAGCUGAGAGAAAAUGUUUUCUUUUGCCAGCAUGCCAAGUUAGUUUUUUUUUUUGUGCAAGUCAGUCAACUUUCCUGUGACAUGUUUCUUAAACAUAAGGCUCCCCAAUAGUGUGAUAAAUAAAAGUCAUAAACUUCUUCAGUGUGUGAUUCAACUAUUUCAAAGGUAAAGCAGUUGAUUUUACUAGACUAUAAAGGCUUAUAGAAGGGUCCUUCAUUGCUGCAUUCCCCAGCCCUGCUCUAAAGCAGACCCUCCAAGGUAGAUUGUACUAUCUCAUGACUCUGAACUGUUCUUACAAUGUAACAGGUCAUAAAC